AUGGGUUUCAGCUGUCGCAUUCCUUGUGUCAAGCCACUCUUGAACAACAGACAGCGUCAGAAGCGUCUCGCCUGGGCUAAUGACAAAAAGGACUGGACUGCUGCUGAGUGGUCCAAAGUUAUAUUGUCUCUCUGCAGGUUGUGUGAUUGUGGUGUAUCAGAUGAAGGCUGUGCUGCUCUGACUUCAGCUCUGAGAUCAAACCCCUCACACCUGAGAGAACUGGAUCUGUCUGGGAAUAAACUCAGAGACUCAGGAGUGAAGUGUCUCUCUGCUGUACUGGAGAAUCCUCACUGUAAACUGGAGACACUGAGGUUGUGUGAUUGUGGUUUCUCAGAUGAAGGUUGUGAUGCUCUGACUUCAGCUCUGAGAUCAAACCCCUCACACCUGAGAGAACUGGAUCUGUCUGGGAAUGAACUCGGAGACUCCGGAGUGAAGCGUCUCUCUGCUGUACUGGAGAAUCCUCACUGUAAACUGGAGACACUGAGGUAA